ACUCCAGUCAGCAGACGGCUAUGUGAGUCUUUCAGGCGAUGCUGCUAGCGUGACGUAUAAUCUAGUGGACGGUUCUUCAUUAACAGUUCGUCAAACACCUCGGUAGCUUGCUAGCCAACAUAGCCGAAAGAUUCAAGCUAUUUUACGCUUUCGGUAUAUAUUAGCUACUGUGUUUUAGACACCUCUGUCGUAUCUACUUGUUAACCUUACGUUAUUUUUUAUAAGUCAGCUAGAGUAGCUGGCUGGUUAAGUUAGCACUAGCCUAGUCGCUAAUGAUAGCUAGCUAAUAUCCCCGACCAUGAGCUCACUAAACUUCUCCCCUCCUGUUAAAGAAGAGGAGGUCUGCUGGACGGAGAAAGAAGCUCUGGGGCUGAACAUUGUCGUGAAAGAGGAGAAGGAAGAGGAAGAUGUCACAGUAAAACAAGAAGUAGAGGGUGAGGCUGUCACAGUGAAAGAUGAGGAAGACACGUUCAGAGUGAAAGAAGAGGAUGACGAUGUUACUGUGAAAGAAGAGAAAUACGCAUUCAGAGUGAAAGAGGAGAUGGAUGUAACUGUGAAAGAAGAGAAAAAGGAGGAUGAAGUUUUUGAAGUAAAGAAGGAAGGGGAGAUUACUGUCACAUUGAAAGAUGAAGAGGUGGAGAUAGAUCUGAUUAACACCAGAGAGAGGCGGGACUACUGUGGAUCCUCUGGGGAGCCUCAACAUCAUGAUGCUGAAGAGGGAGAGAAGAGUCUCUCCAGAUCAGAACACCUCAAGAAACACCAGCAGAGACACACAGGGAAGAAAUCUCACUGCUGCUCUGACUGUGGGAAAAGAUUCAACAGUUCAUCAGACCUUAAAAUACAUCAAAGAAUUCACACUGGAGAGAAACCUUACAGCUGUGAUCAAUGUGGGAAUAGUUUUACUCAGCUAGGCAGCCUGAUAGUACACCAGCGGGGACACACAGGAGAGAAACCUUAUAGUUGUGAUCAAUGUGGGAAGAGUUUUACUACAUCUAGCUCUCGAACUACACACCAGAGAACACACACUGGAGAGAAACCUUAUGGCUGUGAUCAAUGUGGGAAGAGUUUUACUCAUCUAAACAGCAUGAUAGUACACCAGCGGGGACACACAGGAGAGAAACCUUUUACCUGUGAUCAAUGUGGGAAGAGUUUUACUACAUCUAACUAUCUAACUAUACACCAGAGAACACACACAGGAGAGAAACCUUUUGGCUGUGAUCACUGUGGGAAGAGUUUUAUUCGGCUACAAUCCCUGAAAUCACACCAGAGAAUACACACUGGAGAGAAACCUUUUGGCUGUGAUCAAUGUGGGAAGAGAUACUAUGAUAAAAGAUCUCUGAUUAAACAUCAGAAAAUACAUGAAGGAGUUGUUUCAUGAUAAUGAAAUAAUGUCACAAUAUUGAAUGUUUUAACAUUGUAGUUGCAGUAUUUGAAUGAAUGUUAGAAUGUAGUAUUUGAAUGAAUGUUAGAAUGUAGAAUAUAAAUGUUUGCCCCCUGUUCAAUUGAUAUAAGCUUCAGGGGUAAAAUCCAGGCUCUGAAUUGAAAGAGUACUUCUGAGAUUUAACAGAAAGUGACUAACAAAAAAUUUGUUUUUUGACUAACAAAAAAUAUUUACGUUUUCAAUAUUUCCCAAACGGUUUCUGCAUAUUGGUUGAUUUGGGCAUGAUAAAACUGUGUUUUUACAUUGCUCUAUUCCCAUUUAGCAAAAUGUAAUUGAAAAGACAUUGAAAAUAAGACUAUGCCCGACAUCCAAUAUAUGUUCGGUUGAAAGUUGAAAACAUGUAUUUUCGGGUCGUUUUUUUCAAUGACUUGAAAACAACUUAAUUUCAACUUACUUGCAGCCUAUACACACGGACGCAGUAUAAUAAAUUUGUAAUCAUUUUUAUU